AUGGCCUCAAUCUCAGUGCUUCACAGCCAAGAUGACACUUCUGGUCCUAGAGGAACCUACACCUACAGCAGCCGCCCCCGAGCUGUGCCCAUCAGGCAGCGAUACAGAGGCCCCCAAGAAGCCAGUGAUCAAGAUGAUGACCCAGCUCACUAUGGGAACCUUAUGUAUGACAGGAGAGUGGUUCGGGGCAACACAUAUGCUCUUCAAGAUUUACCUUGGAGUACUGAACCUGAUCCUGUUGAGAUCCAGAAGCAAAGAGAAGCUCACAGGAAAAUGCUUACCAGAAAGCGGGCAAAGGAGGCGCUUGAGGCAAAGGCCCCUGAGAUAACAGACCCUGGAAACCGUGUCGACGUCCAGACAGAACUGUACCUGCAAGAGAUUGCAGACCGCAUCAUUGAGGCUGAUGUGGAGUGUCAAACAGAUGAUUUUCUGAGCAAACCAGAGACACCGCUCUACAUUCUCUCUAAGACUGGGUGUGAUGUAGCCACACAGAUAGAAGAAGGCGAGCUCUUUGACUUUGACGUUGAAGUCAAACCAAUCCUUGACGUUUUGGUUGGUAAAACCAUAGAGCAAGCUUUGCUGGAAGUCACAGAAGAAGAAGACUUAGCCAAUCUGCGGGCACAUCAGUAUGCCUAUCACGAACUGUUUAAUGCAGAAAAAGCUGAAGUGCAACGCCUUGAAGACCGAGAGAAACGACAUAAAGAGGAAAAGGCCCGUCGUAUGCGCUGGGAGGCAGAAGUGCAGCUACAACAAAAUAAAGCCAAGGAGAAAGUUGCAGCACGGGCAUUUGCUUUGCAGUACCUGACAGAUCUCAUUCCUUCAGUCUUCAGUAACCUUCACAAUCACGGGUACUUCUAUGAUACAGUAGAAAGAGAUAUUGAAGAAGGAUUCUUUCCAUAUUUGAUGAAAAACACACAAAGAAAAAUGGAGAAGAGAAUGCUAGGAAGAAUAAUGACUGACGGUUUAAUCAAUGAGGUCAUUGGAAAAAGACUGAACGACUAUGUUGAAAAUCAAAAACCUACUGGAGGGAAAAGGAAUUCAAAGGAAGACAAAAGCCACCAACAUGCUUUGCAGAUUUCCAUGUGA